AUGUCCUGCAUGGUCUUACUCUUCCUCUGGCCAGUGGCCAUGCUUUCCACCUUUGGCUAUCCUGCUCAAAUCCUACAACCCUGCCAAGAGUUGGAAAAAAAAAAACUAGUGAAACCAGUACUCAAGCUCAUGGUUCAGUUGACUUUCUUUUUAGCAGGGUUCCUAGGUAAAGUGAAAGGGAAAAAGGCAACCCAAGACAAGGCCCCUAUCUUCAUUACAGCACCACACUCCACUUUCUUUGACUCAAUCCCCUGUGUGAUGGCAGGGUUACCCUCAAUGCUCUCUGCAAGUCAAAAUGUGCAGAUCCCAUUGACUGGGAAAUUCCUACUGUCAACACAGCUGGUGCUUGUGAUCCGAGAAGACCCCAAUUCCAGGAAGAAUACUAAGGAUGAAAUCCUGAAGUGAGUGACAUUUGGAAAGAAGUGGCCACAGAUUCUGAUUUUCCCAGAAGGUGUGUGCAUCAAUCGCUCCCAUCUAGUCACUUUUAAACUAGGGGACUUCUGUCCAGGUGUUCCUGUGUAGCCAGUGCUGCUCAGGUACCCAAACACCCUGGACACGGCAGUCUGGACCUGGCAGGGAUUUACAGGCUUCCAGGAAUGUAUAUUGAUCCUCAGUCAACCCUUCACCAGGGUAGAAGUUGUGUUUAUGCCUGUUUAUAUCCGAAAUGAUGAAAUAAAAAAAGACCCCAUCCUUUUUGCCAAUACAAUACGCAUCAACAUGGCAAAUGCUCGGGUGCCUGGGACAGAGCACACUUAUGAAGACUGCAGACUGAUGAUCUCCGCAGGUAACCUUCAACUACCCAUAGAAGCUGGUUUGGUGGAAUUUACAAAAAUUAGCCAGAAGUUGAAGUUAGAUAGGGAUAACAUUCAUCAGCAUUUGGAUGAAUAUGCUGCAAUUGCAGUUGCCUCAAAAAGAGGGAAGAUAGGAAUUGAAGAAUUUUCAAGUUAUUUAAAACUCCCUAUUUCAGAGCCCUUGAGACAACUUUUUGCCCUCUUUGGCAGGAAUAAUGCUGGCAGCAUAGACUUCAGAGAGUAUGUAAUAAGUCUGACUGUCCUAUGCAAUCCUGCCAACGUUGUAAAGAGUCUGCAAAUGUCCUUUAAGCUUUUUGAUCUUGAUGCGAAUGGCUUAAUAACAGAACAGGAGUUCACUGCUAUACUUCAGGUAGCUUUUGGAGUGCCAGAUCUUGAUGUUUCCAGGCUCUUUCAGGAAAUAGCUGGACAGAAAUCAGUGUACAUUUCAUAUGAGAAAUUUAAGAAAUUUGCCCUGAAGCAUCAAGCAUAUUCCAAGUUAUUUAAUUCACACCUAGACCUACAGGCAGCCUAUAUAUAUUCAUUACCCUAAAAAGUACAUUUUUAA